UACAGAAUAUGACCUCAAAGGAGGAGCCAAAGUAUCAGACACCACCCACCUGCGAUCUGCUCAGCCUUCUGUUGAAGAACAGACGCCCCACUGGAGCUGUCAAUGAGGUUUGGCCCAACCUCUACAUUGGAGAUGCGGCUGCAGCUAAGGAUAAAACCCUGCUAGUUAAACUGGAAAUAACACACGUGGUGAAUGCUGCAGAUGGCCACCAGCACAUUGACACCGGGCCAGGUUUCUACAAAGACGCCAACAUACUGUAUCAUGGAGUAGAAGCACCAGACUGUAAAGAUUUUGACUUGAGCCCUUUCUUCACUGAGACGGCUGAUUUUAUUCAUGGCACUCUGAGUCAGAAAGGAAAGGUGCUCGUCCACUGUGCUCGAGGAAUCAGCCGCUCAGCAGCUCUUGUAUUGGCCUUCCUCAUGAUCAAAGAAAGGCUUACACUGGUGGAGGCUGGCUGCUUCACAACAAGCUGCCAGAAUGAUGAAAACCAAAUUCCCGAGAAGGAAAACGAAGGGCUUCAGUCUCUGGCAAAUAAAUCAUGUGUGAGAGGAAGCCACAGUGAGAAAAUGGCUUCUCGCGAGUCAAAGACUGGCACAAAGAUAAAUGUUACUCGAGCAGCAGAGGAAUCCAGUCCAGUGGAUGAUUAUUCCACACCUGGGGGCUAUGAGCUGGAGAAAAUCCUCAACCGAGGGAGUGUGGCUUACACUCAUGUCAACGAGGUUUGGCCUAAUGUCUUUAUUGGAGACGAGGAGACUGCGAAGGACAAGUACAAACUGAAGAGGCUGGGAAUUACGCACAUCCUGAAUGCAGCAGAGGGGACAUGGAACAGUGUGGACACUGGACCUGGUUACUACAGUGACAUGGACAUUGUAUACUAUGGUGUAGUAGCAGAGGACGUCGCAACCUUUGACCUCAGCCAGUAUUUUUUCUCUGCUGCCCAGUUUAUUCAGAAGACACUGAGCAGUUCUCAGAAUAAACUGCUGGUGCACUGUGUGAUGGGAAGGAGUCGGUCAGCCACACUUUUCCUUGCCUAUCUCAUGAUUUGUGAGAACAUGACAGUGGUCGAUGCCAUAGAGCAUGUAAAGAAACGCAGGCGCAUCAUCCCUAACUGGGGCUUCCUGAAGCAGCUGAGAGAGCUGGACCAGCACCUCCUGGAGAAAAGGAGAGACUCUACGGGGGAGAGCUGAUCAGUUUGAGUCUUAAGUCAGAGGAGACGAAGUCAAGUCCUAGGUCUUAAGACAUGUCCACGUCACGUUACAAGCUACAGCCAUGUGAAAAGUGUUCACUGGAUUCUAGGCAGUCCUCUUAAAAAUUAAGUGCACCCCUGCUGCUCCCAUAGGAAUUAAGAGGGUAAGUAGCAGCCAGGUGCUGCUAAUCAAAUUCACUUAAUUAACUGAUCAUCAGCAACAGUGCGCACCUCUACAAAAGCUGAAGUUUUGGCAAUUUGUUGAUCUGGAGCAUUUGGGUGUGUUAACACAAUACCAAGGAGGAAAGACGCCAACAAUGAUCUUAAAGAAGCGAUUGUUGCUGCCCAUCAAUCUCAGAAGGAUUAUUAAGGCCAUAUCCAAGCAACUUGAAGUCCAUCAUUCUACUGCAUGAUUAUUCAAGAUUAUUCACAACAUUCAAGACAGUUGCCAAUCUUCCCAGGAGCUGAUGUCCCAGCAAA